AUGUAUGGGUGUUUCCUAGUCAAUGAUAGUCCUUGUGCCCACGACGAGCUCAAACCCAAAUUCAGCAUCGUGCGAAGAUCCACCGCUUCAUCUUCUCGACAGGAUCAAGAGACGAUUGUCGUUGUCAGCGAAACCUCGCCAUACGAUCCAAGAGCAUACGCGUGGCAGGGACCGUCACUGGCAACGAAGCGGGGACAUCUCGACAACCAUCAUGUAUACCCGACCGUCACUCACGCAUCGAAGAAAGAGCUUUGCAGAGCGCUACCUUCCACGCUACCAUCUGAUGCAUCGCAGCUUCGCGCGCCUGUCCCCAUGCUUUUUUCUAGAUCGUCGAGAAAACUUCAUCCGGUAGACGCGUAG